AUGCCCGAUAUUUUGUCUCGCCCAAAUCAAAGCUUAUUCUCAAAGCCAUUGACUGUGGAAUCUGAGGACCCAAUCUCCUAUCACCAUGAAACAAUAUCUAGAAAAAACAAAUUUUACCAUUCUGCUGUAUCUCUCUACAAUAAAUCCGAAAUUCACUCUUUUGACUUGGGUAAUGAAAAACCCCUCACAAUCACAUCCGUUUUAGAAAAUUGUAUAAAAGCUCUUACAAUGUUAGAUUCAGGAGCUUCAACUUCGUUCAUCAACUAG